ACUAGUAGAAAUGACAUUCGCUCUCUUGGAAUUUUUCGCGUUGAUUUGUUGUAAUUUCGAGUAUAUUCCUUUUUCACAUAGUCCUUAUGUUGAUGGAUAAUAUCAUUUUAGUUUCUAAAUGGAAUGGCUGACGACCUUGAUGAUCUGCUAGAUGAAUUCGAAAGCAAACUUCUUAGAAAGCCACAACAAAAAAGCACGGCGAAAACAAACGUGAAAGAUAAACAGAUAACAAAAAGAUUGGAUGAAGACAUUAAUUCAAUUCUUGACGCACCAGAUGAUAAACAGGAUUGGCAAGAUAGAAGCGACAAUGUAUCACACGUGAGAUGCCUAUCAUCAUGUGCCAAAUGUGUACCUGUUUACCUGGCAGGGAGUAGGUGUGAAAUCGGAGUGGCAAGCGCUUUGACUCAAAGGGCCUGCGAUAAAUUAAGAUGCACCGAUUGUGACUUUAAAUGUGUCAUGUACAACGACUACAAGUGGAGAGAUGACAUUGACUACUUGUUCUUGAGAAACAAUGUGCCUGAUUUUGCAAAGCUCAAGGAAAAGCUUUUAGUCAGAAAAGGCUUCAGGGCCUAUGCAUGCCAGUGCAAGUGGAGGUCAGUAAAUCAGGUGGUGGACAUACGCGAUGACCCCGACAUCAAGUGGGUGUGUGGUAAACACUAAACAUCCAGCCGCCAGUAUCACACCAUUGUGCAAUUUAUUCAAGGCAAGUAUGCGCCAAUAAAAAGCAGUUGGAAUUUGUCCCAUGUGAAUGCUAUUGUUGUGCAUCCACUUUUGCCCACAUCCUAUUCCGAGAGAUGGAUGGUGGUGGUGGGUGGCUAUUGCAGCAGUCACUAGUAAGGCAGGCAUAAAAUCAGCUGUGAAGGUUCAUUCCCUCCUUGAUCUAUGAAUUUUAGAAAAUGUUAACCAACUCACUAUUUAUAUAUAUAGGUCACUGGCAGCCGCUUACACUUAAACUUUUCACUGAAAAUUAUUUUUAAAGAGAGUAGCAUCAAACAAUGAGUUUUAGGAUGAGGUAUCGCAGGUGGUUUUAAAGAUUAUUUGCCUACUAAUGUCGCUGAUAGUUUUGCAUGUUACAGUGCAUGCUAUAGGUUUUAUUAUUUACAUUUGGCUCUAAUCUGCUGUUAAUUAAUGCAUCUACAUUAGAUAUUAUAUUACAGUAUUACUUGUGCUUUUUCCAUAUAUUGCAUAGUAACAAAAACACAAAUGUUCGUAAUUUGAUAAAACUCAACUGAUAUUUGGAACAGUCUCUUUCUUUUUGAAAGCAUGCAUUGCAGUGCUUGUAACUGUAGCUACUGAAUCAGCAUAGGGGGGAUAUAAAGUAUUAACACUAUAUUGAAUUAGUUUCUUUUACUUCAUGUCUGAAAUUAUACCUCAUGACCCAUGUGGACCAUGUAUUCACGUGUGCUAGUUAUUUGCCUGUAAUUGUAUGUUUGAAAAUUUUAUAUUAUGUGGAUGUAAUAUGUGAUAGCACGUAUUAACUUUAUGUCAAUUGAAAACGUUAAAUCACCACCCACAGGCUAUCUAGCAUUUGCAUAUAUAUAUUCAUACACAUUAUUUGAAAUAGUAAUAGUCUAAUUACUACAGAACUGCUGGUUUGUGCACCGGACAUGUUUAUAUAACUGUUGAUCAUCAUCAUGAUCGACAUGAUGCUAAGAGUGUGAAAUGUCAUUUCUAAAAGCGUUUCAACUCAUCAAAGUAUAAUGAGUCACUAUUUUUUUCCUAGAUUGAUAUGGGAAAUAUUCACUUCAUUAUUGUACACUACGUGACAUUUUACAUUGUAGCGCUAGUUUGGGCAAACUCACUAAUCCCAGGGUCGAAAAUUCGUGAUAUAUUUCUAUGAUAUUCCGUUUUAAAUCACACCAGUUGUGUUCCACACGUAUUAAAUUGUACUGGUCCAAAGUCAGGGAUAUUCUGUUGAACGGUUGGUUAGAAUUCUAAAUUACAAUACCUUAGCAUUUCAUCUAACUUUCGAUUCGUACUUCAAUCAUCUAACUCUCAAAUCGUAAUUUUCAGUGAUGGCUAGGUUCGUUAUAUAGUGAGUAGCAGUGCGUAGAUAUUGUAAAGAGGGUAUGCAUCCGAGAGACUUGCCCUGGGCGUGUUCGUUUGAUUGCUGUCAUCCGUUUUGCGUGGUUUUUGUAUGACACUUGAAUAAUUUGAAACGCGAUUGAUAAGAAAUAUGUUUUUAUUUGUUGUUGCUGUAUUGUUUAUUUAUUGAAUAGAGACAUUUUAUGUUUUUUGUCAUGUAGGUAUUGAGAUUGCGCGUCAGUUUUUUUGCUGCUUUCACACCUGAUAUUAAAUUUUGACAGCACA